GGGAGGCAUUAUAAAAGAGUGAGGGACUUUGGAGGAUGAGGAGAAGAAACACCAGUGGUUUCUAAGUCUUUGUGACCAGCUGCCUCCAACUGCACUGCACUUUCUGCACCGCUCUCCUCUGGAUCUCUGACUUGUCUGAGCUGCUCACACUCUUGCUCUCAAACACACACGCACUUACAAGAUCUCUGUGAGCCUCCUGUGACCGUAGCACUGGUCCGUCACCUGCACUCCUGCCACAGCAUGCAGCUCCUGGUGGUGUUAGCCGCUCUCAUGGGGGUUGUGUUCAGCGUUAGAGCAGCCGCUGUGCUUCCUGUGGACGACCGGAGCCCCAUCCAUAUGAACAGGGAGCUGAGCAAAGAGCGCAAGGAGCUGAUCCUGAAGCUGGUGUCCGGCUUGUUGGAUGGAGCCCUGGACACCAACAUGCUGCCGGGGGACGUGGCACCUGUGGAUCUGGAGGAGCCGCUGGAGUCUCGCCUGGAGGAGAGGGCUGUCUACAACCGGCUAUCACUGCCUCAGCGCGACCGCAAAACCCCCUGUAAAAACUUCUUCUGGAAAACUUUCACCUCCUGCUAACAGUGCCCCAAGAAGCCCCCCCCCAACCCACCCACCAGGCUCUGCCCGCCUAACGGGCUCCAUCCCUCCACAGCUCCACAUGAACUGUAGUUGACCUCAGCUGUACAUAUCAUCCACACCUGUCCGACACGCAGCAUUGAUGGACUUCACUGAGACAGUGUGUCUGUUUGAAUAUGAAUUAUUUAUUUAUGUAUAAACAAAUGUAUGUAUUUAUGUAUGUAACAGUUUCUUUCAGGGUCAACAAUAAAGCAUGGAUCAAAUAUUUGGAAUGGUAAUAUCAGUUAAUUGCUUUUGCAAACUGUUCAGAGCAAGGGUCGUGUUUUUCCACCUGUUUCUACAUGAGUAUAAAUGCAAAGUCAGAUUUCAUGCAAAAGAUAUGGCUGCAUUUUAUUACAACAGGGACAUUUACUGCGCUAAAAUUGUUGAAAUAUUUUAUGGUUUACCAUUAUCACUCAAAUUUAUCCCUACAUCUGCUUUAAUUAAGUCGUAAACGGCACAGUUUCUUUAUUGAAAGACAACCAAUCCUUCCUUUUCAGGAAGGCAGGUGUUAGGAGCUAACAGAGGGUAUAAUUCAUAAUGUGUGUAUCAUACCUAUUCUGCUUUGUACUCGUUACAAAUAAAAAAUGCUGAAGGGGAAA